AUGGAUCUGUCCGAGAUUCCGUUUGGUGUGCCUGUCAUUCUUCAGUCUAUUCGCAAGAACCGAAAUCUGCAGAAUCCUCUCGGGUCCAAGAAAGCUCGUUGUCUAACAGACAAUCGUGACAUCUACGAGCAGCUCGUCUUGCAUCGAGUUCGCGACGACAAGAUUGCUAUCCAGUCUGGUCACAACGGCCGCUUCCUGCAAGUUUGCGUAUCUGGGGAAUGCGUGUUUGAUCCCACUGAGGCUGGCGCUGUGACGACAAUAAAGCGGUCAAGUGUGCGAAUCAAAACCGCCAAGAGUGGGGAGGCAUGGAGGAUCGUGGAGCCCCGCUUUGUUGCUACCACCAACCAAACGCAGCGUGCUUUGGAUCAGCGCCACGUCCUCGCUGGCAAAGACCGCCAGCACUUUGUCCUGGAGCUUGCGAAAUGUGGUAAAACACCUCAAGAAAUCGAGCAGAUCGUGACGUCCAUGUUUGAUGAUCCUGCUGACUCGGCAGUAGCUGUUCCAGUCGCUAAGGAGUAG